UGGAUACUUUGCACUUACUCAAAACAGGCGUCAUGUGAAAUGGCCAACUGCAGAUCAAACCAAAAACAAAGCUCACAUGGACAAAACGAUCAGAUGGAACAAAUGCUUAGUCAUUGAAGUGUUGGCAGAGGCAUAUCAAAUGUUAAUCAACGAAACAAUUCAAAUGAGCAGAAGCAAGAAGAAUGUAAGAGACAUUCUUCAACUUACUUAUACAUGUAUACCAGAUCACAGAAGAAUAACCAACGACUGGGCAAUUAUUCUCAAUCCCUUAUACAGCCGGCUUUUACAAACAGCGUUCUUGUAUACAGAGAACAAUGGUGGUAACUGGAUUAAAUCAGAAGAUGCCGUUUUUAACAUUUUUAAUGAGGACACACCGGAAGAUGUGAAGGAAACAAUUGUACGACUUGUUGACCGAUAUAACGUUAAUCUUGUCAACGCACCAGAACAUGUGACGUCUAUGAUCAGACACCGGGAUCACUCAGUACAGAAGUUGACGCCAAAGUUUAUCCUAAAUUUCCUGAAGACUGAUGCUAAAUACAAGAACAUGAACAGUAAUGAGAAGCUUGAUAUACUUCAUUUCAUUCUCUCAGCAAGGAAAAGCCUUAGUCUAGUUGGUGUUGAACUGCUUCCUUUACAGAAUGGCAGUUUUACAUUAUUUGGAAAUAGAGGACGGGACAAAAGGAUUAUAGUAUGCCAAGAAGAAAUUGACCUCUUUCCAGGACAAGAAGAUGUGUUCUGCAAACAAGGGCUUCAAACAGACUUGUACAGCCUCCUCGUUCAAAUGGCAGAGAAUAAUGAGUACCAGCUUUGUACAAUGAAAGACCUAUCAACAGAAGACAUAGCAACUCUUCUUCUUGGCACUAUAAAUAAAUACAAUGGCAAAACAACUGACCAUGGUUUACGCUGGAAAACAUCAACAAACACAGUUGCUGGUGAGAAAUGGUUGACGAAUGUUUGGAAGUUUUUAGAAGAUUAUGAUAUAGACGAUUUCUGUAAUUUACAUCUUCUUCCAAGCUGUUCACAAGGCAAAGACUUUCUGUACAAACUAUCAACAAAAGUUUUACUGAAGACAUACCAUGGCUACACAGAUUUACCUGACGUAGUUUGUAAAGCACUGAGUUACCUCAACAUCGUAACAGUCGCCACUCUACCAAAGGCAAUUACAAACCACGAAGACAUAAACAAGUUUGUAUAUUUUCCAACAGUUGAAAAUGUUUUCAAAAUGUUAGAAAAUGUCACCGUACAACGUAAUAGUGGACAAGCUGUACAGAAAUUUAAUAAAAGCUGUACAGAAAAAGAGAGGACAGAAUUUGCAAGGUACAUCGCGACAGAUUCGUAUUUUAGUUCCAAUGUAACAAAGUUCAUCUCAAAACUACAAAUUUUCAAAGAAAAGAAUAGUGGAAGAAACGUGUCAUCAAGUGAAGUAAACAUCAUGGCAGAAACAGAAGAAUUACCAAUCAAAUAUAAAAAGGAAUCGUUGGUUUACUCGGGAUAUUUUCACAAAGCUUUGUUAAAUCUGCAAGUACCUACUAGAAGUAUGGAAGAGGUAGUUAUUGAAAUAAUGGAUUGCUUACAAAGAGGAAGCAUUUAUUCUCACAAUGAGAUGAACAUGAUGAUGAAAUUUGUAAUGAAUAAGUUAAAAACAUUUGAAAACAAACAACAAAUUGUAGACAUCGCAAGAAAUAUAAAGUGUAUUCCAAAUGGCCGUGGAGAAAUGAAAAAAGCUAAAGAACUGUUUGAUCCAGAAGAUUCUGAUUUGAAAUGGAUCAUAAUAGAUCAAGCCCGUUUUCCAAAUAUGACAAAAUGCCCUAUCACUCUGAAACAAGUACGAAAAUUGGGACUCAAAACAGGCUGUGAGGUGAAUGCUAAUGACAUCUUAGAAUGUGCAAAAUACAUAGAGUCAAAACCACAUGAAGACGCCCAAGAUCGGAGAUCGUCACAAUUGUUUGAGUUUCUCCAGAGAAACCCACAGCUUUUGCGAAGCAUUACAGGACAGACUAAUCUAUCAGAAAAGCUUACGAACGUGCAUUUCAUAAAACCAAGCUGUAGAAUGGAAAACUUUCCUGAAAUGUUACCCUGGUUUAAAUCUUAUUUCCCAUUUUGUAAGCCAUCAGAACUAAUUGAUCAUCAAUUCGUUCUUCUCACAGGAAGUGUUCAGCCUGUAUUACCAAAAGAUGUCACACCUGAAUUGUGUAGAGUAUUCAGUUGGAACAAAACACCAACCAUCAAAAGUGUAAUAGAACAGCUAUUUAUCAUCAUUCGGCUAUACGAGGACAAGUACAAACCACACCUUCUGCCACUAAUUAAUCAAAUUUACAACUUCUUAUCUGUAAAUUAUAGUAGAGCCAGCGAGGUCACACCUCUUAAAUCAGAAAAAUGGAUUUGGACUGGAUUCGGCUUUGAACCAUCAUGUAAUAUAGUUAUAGAAACCAAAGACUCCGACAUCUCGUUACAACCGUAUCUAUUUUCAUUGCCUCCAGAAUUCAGGACACAAAAGCUGAUACAGUUUUUCAAUCGGAUGAACUGUGUGAAUUGUCAAGGAACAGAUCUUUUAUUGAGAGUUCUACAGAUGAUUCAAGACAAAUACGAAGGUGAAUACCAGAAUGAACGAGAAUCAAAAAGUGAUCUUCAUCUAUGUAUGAAAAUAUUGAACAGUUUGAAAGAAUGUGAUGAUAUUGAUGAAAGAGUCCUGAUUCCAAUACAUACUUAUACUACAGGAAGAGUUAUAUUAAAACCAGCAAACGAAUGCAACUAUUGCAACGACGACUGGCUUAAGGGAGCAGCAGAAGAAGAUGGUGACGAGAUAUACUACGUACAUCCUGAUAUAUCUCAUGACACGGCAGUGAAACUAGGCGUACCUUCGCUUACAGAUAAGUUACUUGAGGAUACAGAAGGCAUUGAAGAAUGGGGACAGACUGAACCUCUGACAAGAAGGAUAAAAAAUCUGAUAAAGGAUUACAAAGAUGGACUAUCAGUACCAAAAGAAAUUGUGCAAAAUGCCGAUGACGCAGGUGCUACGAAGGUCACUUUCAUGUAUGACGAACGUGAAAAUAAACAGUUUAGAACAAAACUACUUGACUGCAAUAUGGCAAAAUGUCAAGGACCAGCCUUAUGGGCAUACAAUGAUGCUACUUUUUCCAAAAAGGACUUUGAAAACAUCACUAAAUUAAGUGGAGCAACAAAAGAAGACGAUAGCUCAAAAAUAGGAAAAUUUGGAUUGGGGUUUUGUUCUGUCUACAACUUAACAGAGGUACCAAGCUUUGUGUCUGGUAACCAGAUAGUGAUAUUUGAUCCACAUACCACAUACCUAGGUUCUGCCCUUAGGAAUAAGAAUCAACCGGGGAUCAAAAUUGAUACAACGACAAAUCAUUCAGUUCUAAAAAGAAUGAAAUCACAGUUUGAGCCAUACAAUGAGGUAUUUGGUUGUAAUCUCAACCCCGAGAAAGGAAACAUGCAAUUGAAUGGAACUUUAUUUAGGUUUCCGUUGAGAACAGAGGAACAAGCCGGGGCGCCAAGUGAAAUAAGUGACAAAGUUUACAAUCGUAAAGAGAUGGUGGAGCUUAUUGAAAUAUUUAUAAAGGCAUGCGGAAAUUUGCUGUUGUUUACCCAAAAUGUAAAUGAAAUUGAAUUUUAUCACUUACCUGCAAACAAAACAGAUCCGAGAGAAGCAAUUCUACUGUAUUCUGCGCAUCGGCAGUUUAAACAUACGAUUGAGAAGCCGUUUGGAAAAAGCAUAUGUACUGGAAAGGAAAUAACAGUGUUACGAGACAUGGCUGAAAGUCUGAGAUUAACCAAAAGAAACAGACACCAUGAGUUGAUGACAAUAUCGAAGAGUAUUGUCCAAGAAAUAGUUAUAAAUGCAGACAACAAUUUAAAAGGAUUAGAUAUAACUGGUUAUUCUUCGAAAUCGACAUGGCUGAUAACCUGGGCAUCAGGCGUUGAUAGGAGCAAAAUGGUGGCACUGAAUUCUAGUAAAAAAGGUGUAUUGCCACUUGGUAGUGUUGCUUGUCUUUUGGAAAAACACGAUGAAGAUACAUACAGCACCUCUUCAUUGGAGAAAUCUCCAUUUGGAUUUUAUCAGACCAGCCAUCUCUUUUGUUACCUUCCAUUACCGGUAGAAAGUAAAUUCCCUGUUCAUAUAAAUGGAUCAUUUGCUGUCAGUUCAGAUCGCCGACGUCUGUCUUGUAAAACAACAGACGACAAAGACGCAUUCGACAGUGAAUGGAAUGAAGCCCUUUUAUCUGAUGCAAUUUGUCGUGCUUAUAUUACAUUCCUGGAACAUUUGCCUAACCUGAAUAUUGAUCCUAAUGAGCAUUACUUUAAACAGUGGCCUGUGGAAGACAUGGAGCAAGGAAUUUUUGCACUACUAAAGGAAUCAUUUUAUAGAACUAUAUCAGAUACAUUAAAACAACCUGUUGUUUUUAGGCGAGGAGACAAAUCGGUGUGCCUUAAUCGAUCUAAAUUUCUAGAUCCAGUUUUGAUGGAAGCUGAGUUUGCCGAAAAGGCGUUUCAAAUGUGCAUUGAACAUUUUGAAAAUGAAGAAAUUACAAUUAUACGUUUACCAACAAAUAUUAGGAACUGUUUCAAGAACUAUGGCUGCGAUAGUGCAUUUAAGGAACGAAUUUUGAGCGUAGUUUCGUUUUAUUCUGUGGUUGUUUUUCCAUUUCUGACAUCUGAUAACCGGGAUUCAUCUACGAAUGACCAGUUGAUUAUUUUUGCAUUAGAUGUUUGUAGAAGAUCCGAAGAUCUUUUUCACGUAAUGAAAUCAAUUUGUUGCAUUCCAACAGCUCCAAACAGACUUUUUAGAUGUCCUAAUGAAACAAUUGAUAAAAACGGAUUAGUAGGGCCUCUUUUUGAAGUGAACGAUGAACGAUUUGUUGAUUUAACGGAUGCGAGAUACGACACACAAGAGCGGUUAGAUGCAUUAUACCAGCUAGGUAUGAUUACAGGCGAACUUUCAGACAAAAUGGUUAUUGACAGAGCACAUUCAAUCCAGUCACUCGCAAAUACAGAUUUGACUCGUGCAUUAGAUCGAUGUAGAAAGUUUGUUUCUUACAUCUACAAACACCGUGCAAAUAUAAUUUCAAAUGAAAAACUUCUAACAGAACUUCAAGCAAUAAAGUUUCUCCCUGUCAAGAGAAGACCGAGGCACUGGAAGAUAAUUUGGGGAGGGGGAGAACUUGAUGUCACAGAGCAAGCAUGUUCUAAAGAUGAAAAUGAAUGCAUUCCUAUACUAUAUGAAUGUCCAAUAAAUUUACAUGCAGAGUCUAUCCUGGAACUGGUUUGUUCAUUAGAGUCAGUUUUAGAUAGAUCAAGUCUUCCAUAUGGCAUAGAUCACACAUUUUUUAAAGAAUUAGGUGUUAAAGAUGAGGAUGGGGUAGAUCUUAAAACUAUUUUGGAAAAUCUGAAGACUAUUUGUCAAUGUUUUGAUGAGAAAGGUCCAGUUGCAGACGAACUAGACAUUCUCGAUAAAACUACCAUGAAAAUAUACAAAUACUUAGAUAAAACAUUUAAGCAGAAUGCAUACGAUGAGGAACAGCUUGCAGAAAUUUUGCAAGUUGCAGCUUUAUAUUCCGGAGAGAAACUUGUAUUACUGAAUGGACAAUUCAUCCAACCUUGUCAGCUUUUUCUUGACCUAUCAGAGGAUUGCAGUCCUUAUUUGUAUGGUUUGAACACAGCAGUUCAUUUGAGAACUUUGAAAGGAUUUAUGAAUUUGCUGGGCAUACACGAACAGUGCUCUGUUGAGACGACAAUGCAAGUUUUAGCAUCAAUUCAGGAGCGAAAUGAGACAAACGACAUGUCAGAAGAUACAGUUAGGGUGUAUGUUAAGCUUCUCAGAGUUUUAGUUCAAGCGAACGAACGAGAACAACUGCCUAAACAAAAAUUCCAAAGCUUAUAUAUUCCAGACACCAAAGGAGUCCUGACUCAUGUAAGCAAACUAUGUGUCGAUGAAGUUAAUAUCACAUCUUUAGGAAGAAUGAAGUUUACUCAUCCGAGUAUAUCAUUUGAUAUUGCAUUUUCCUUAGGAAUUAACUCAAAGCGCGAACAAAAGAUUGAAGAAUGCUCAAAACCAAUUGAGAUGUUUUCGAAAGAUUUUGGUCAACACGAAGAACUUAUAACAAGGAUCAAGCGCAUUUUAUCUGGAUAUCCAUGUGAUGCUGGAGUUCUCAAAGAGUUACUACAGAAUGCUGAUGACGCUAAAGCAUCAGAGGUACAUAUUGUUAUAGACUAUAAUAAUCAUGAAACCGACAACUUGUUUUCCGAUUCUUGGAAGCCCUUACAAGGCCCAGCCAUACUUAUUUAUAAUGAUAGUUCAUUCUCGGAAGCUGACAUCAGAGGUAUACAGAAACUUGGCAUAGGAAGUAAAGGAGAGGAUCCAACAAAAACGGGACAAUAUGGCGUUGGGUUUAAUGCAGUUUAUCAUCUAACUGAUGUUCCAUCUUUUUUAACUAAGGGAGACAAUGUUGAAACCGGUGAAAUCCUUUGUAUGAUGGAUCCUCACUGUCAAUUUGUUCCAAAAGCUACACCUGAAAGUCCUGGAAGGCAAUAUUUUCAAACAGAAAUAUUGAAAACGGAUUACCCAAAUGUAUUCAAAUGUUACUACGAGGACUUGAUUAUGAAAGAACAUGGAACUAUUUUUAGACUUCCACUGAGAACUAGUACACUUGCUGCAACGUCAAAAAUAUCAUCAAAAGACAUCAAUGAAAGUUUCAUUCGUCAUUUGAUUGAAAAUUUUCAAGAGGAAAUGUCAGAAAUCUUGUUGUUUGUAAAUAACGUUAAAACUGUGAGAUUAUCAGAAAUCGUUGAUGGCCAGUUAAAAGAAAAAUAUGCUGUUAAAGUAGAAAUGACGGAUUCCGAUGAGGCAAACAGACGACGAUUUUAUAAGGAACUGCACUCUUGCUCUUACAAGAUAGGACAAACAAAAGAUCCCGAUUCCAUUGAAAUAUCAGAGGUUAAGUACAAAAUAAAUGUGAAUGAUACAUUUGGGAUAAAGAAUUGGAUGAUUGUUCGACGUAUAGGAUUCCCGGCGCAUUCACCAGAAAGUGUUUUGGAAGCGUACAGACAAGACGAAUUAGGAGUUCUGCCAAGAGGUGGCGUGGCUGUUCUGUUGCCAAUCGAGGACAAAAUUCUACCCUCAAAAGGACGUGCUUUCUGCUUUUUACCACUCCCAUUGGACACAGGAAUGCCAGUUCAUAUCAAUGGACAUUUUGUACUAGAUCACGAAGCGAGGCGAAACUUGUGGACAGAGGAAAAAGAAGGUUAUCGAUCUGCAUGGAAUAAGACGUUAUUGAAAAACAUAAUAGCACCAGCUUAUGCUAGUGCUCUACAUUUGGUUAAAGAUAACCUAGGUUUACAGGAGGGGACAUUGAUGACCGAAAAAGAGGUGACAAAACUGAACGAUGUAUAUCACACAUUUUGGCCUGAGGUUUGCAAAGCAAGUAAUGAAUACUUUAAAUUUCUAGCUGAGAGUAUUUAUCAAUGGAUCUUUCAAAAUGAAGAAUCACUUUUCUUAAGUUAUAAAUAUAUGGAAGAAGCUCAAGUAGAAGUAAAGUUUUAUCCUCUCAUAUGUAGCGAAAUGGUUUUCCCAUGUGUAUUCAACACACUAACGGAAGGAACACUGCCCAGUGCAUCAAUAGAAUUGAUUUCCAACGUCAGUCAAAAUAUAGGUGAACGUGUCGUUAGUCUACAGAGAAAUGUUCAAAAAUUAGAAGAUGAAACGAAAAGACAAACCAGCAUGCAUACUUUGGUUCGCCUCCUAAAAGACUUGGGCAUUAAACUGCUUGAUUCACCCAAAGCAAUUUUGAACAGUUUGAAGGCAUCUGAAGUGAAAAUAACCGAAAUAUCGCCAGAUUUUCUCAUAUAUUUUUUGAAAUCUUUCGAUUCUGAAAAUGCAGACAAAUGUCAUAUUGGUAAUAUUCGCGAAGCAAUUGAACAGACUACAUUAAGAUCAGUCGAAAAUCUUGUGACAUGUAUCAAGUAUUGCCAACAGAGUACGACCUUUGAGGAUGAAAUUGAAGGUUUACCACUAUGUCUGACCAACGAUCGUAUCUUGCGAGUUUUCAGCACAGACUAUCCAGUGUUUAGUUCAAAGUUUUGCUACAUAUUAAACGAAUCUUCAAGUUUGUUUCUUCACUCGGAAUUGGUUAAUUUUAUUUCAAGAACAUCGACUGGAAUAAAAUUAUUUACAAUUGAUUCUUUUUCUGAAUUACUGUAUAACACAUUGACCGCCGAAAUGUACAGAACACACAACCAAGAUGUAAAAUGGAAUCCACAAAUACGACAAAUCCCAAAUAAAUCGUGGAUUGAGUCGGUUUGGAUGUUUUUGAACUCCGAAGUCAAAGAAUAUAUAAAUAACUGCAAGCAAGACGCACCCGUCAUCACAUCGGAAACUAUAUUAACAUUGUUAAGACCAGUACUUCCAUGGUGUCUUAUGCCUUGCAUUGAGGAACCAGUGAAUGAGAAGUUUGACAACUACAAGCCAAUUUUGACUCCACUUGACAAAUCGAUGUGUGUAUUGAACAACGAAAGUUAUUCAGGAUAUCUUAGGAAAGCUCUAGAAAGUCUUAACCUACCGUGCAUUGACAGUUUGGUUGCCCCGAGUGAUAGACUGAUUUUAAAUCACAUUAUUGUCAAUCAUAAAAAUGCUGGAGCCCUUUUAGAUUUUCUUUAUCAGCACAAAACCGAAAUCUAUAAUAGACGUAUAAGUGUUAGAAAUUGCUAUGAGAUAAUGGGAUUCAUUUGCGAAAAUCUGGACCAAAUACUAGAAAACUGUGAUGCUGAAAUCGAAAUAGACAAGAUCAAGGCAAUCCCAUUACAUUCAAAUGUAAACGGACAUAACAUUAGUAUUAAUGGACAUUCUAGCAUAUUAGUUCUCGACGAAUCUGUAAGUCGAGACAUAGUUGUUGACGGGAUUGAAGAAUGGGCUGUUUCGUCAGGAACAAUCUUGCUUAAAACCUCGUCAAAACUGAAAAAGCUGUACGCUAGGAUGGGUUUAACAAACGAAAAUGUUAAACCUAUUGACGUUUAUACUAAUUACUUGCUACCAAAGUUUCAAUAUUUGCCAAGGCGGGUUCAUUUGAAGCAUCUAGAAUACAUUCAAAACAGUCUUUUGGCCAAAUCUUUCGAAUUUGAUGAACAUCAAAAAGAUCUAAUAACGGUUCUUCAAAAUGUUGCUUUUGUUCCAGACAACCAAAAUAUUCUCUUUAACGCAUCACAUUUCAAGAAUCCUUUCAAUGAUUUGAUGAAACUGAUGUGUUGUUCGGAUGAAUUUCCAGGUGAACCAUUUGACAAACGAAACUGGAAAUACUUACUAGAAACAGCAGGAAUCCAGAACGAAAUCACAAGAGAACUAAUAGUGGAAUUUGCACACAUAGUAGAGAACUUAGGUCGUUUUCAAGUAACAGACGAAGCAAAACACAAAUCUGCAAGCUUAAUUGAUUACAUCCUUAAUAGAAAUGAAGUACAAAAAGAAGGUGUACUGAGAGACAUUAGAGAUAUCAAAUUUAUUGUGCCACAUACUGUCGAAAAAUGGAAAAAUCAUAUCUUUAAACAACCGGAGACUAAGCUCAUUUGCUUUCACAACUCGGUUCCUGAAGAAUAUUCUGAUAUGUGCUGGAGUACAUGUUCAAUUCUACCAUAUUUUGCCAAUCCUCAAAGUAUUCGUUUUAAAUCAGUCAAAAUUCAAAAUGAGAUGCUUCAACAGUUGCAAGUGCAAAAAGAACCCUCUUUGGACAAUGUGAUUCAUCAUACUCAGAAUAUUUGUGAUUCUUUGAAGAUGUUGGCAAAUCAAAAUGGAAUUCAAGAUAAACAUGUAGUUUGGAUUGAGCAAGUCUUGAUUCAUUUAUACGCAUGGCUUCUCAAAUAUAAAGAUUCCAACUCAGAAAAUUUAAAGAAAUCCCUUGCGCAAAAACCGAUAAUCUUCAUUCCAAAGUCGAAGUUAUUUGUCACCUGUGAUCGAGUAGUUAAGAGCUUACAAGUAGAGGAAAUCACACCAUAUCUGAUGGAAGUACCGGAACAAUAUGGUGCCUAUUUUAAGUUAUUUGAACUUUUAGGCAUGAACACACGUGAAAAUAUUUGUAACUUUGUUAGGGUUCUAGCUUAUCUCCAGCUAGAUGUUAGAAACGAUAAACUCCAUGUUAACGAAUUACAAACUGUGAGAAAAGCCCUUCAAGGGAUUUGCACUCAUCUGACUUUUUUGGAUGAUCAACUGAAAACUGAUUUAACUAAUAUAGACACAUUGUUCUUACCAACAAGGGAUAAGUUUCUAACCAAUGCGAGACAAAUAGUUUUUUCGAACAAUAGGGACUAUGAGGAAAAGAUUGGGAAUGAUAUUGGAAUGCCAUACAUGAUGGAUUUGAAUGAAUUGAAUGUCGUCGGUGUAGGAAACAUUGUUUCAGAUUUCAAGAAAAUGCCUUUAAAAUUGCAACCACAUAUCUUAUCGGAUAUGAUAUCAAAAGAACUAAAUGCUGAAUCGCUGACUUUCCGAUUUGACGAGAAAGGACGGUUAUUUCGUGAUUUCAUAGUCACACCACAAUUUUUAGAAGCUGCAGUAAGAAUAUCUGUCCAUUGCCGGGACAGAAAAGCAUUUCAAGCUAAAGAGACGGAAAUAGAUGUUGAUAAAAUAAUAACAAGUAUUGAAAAUUUACAAAUAAUGCAGGUUGAUAUGGUCCAAUUAAAGCUAGUGUUUGGAAGCAACAUUGUUGGUUACAGUGAGGAAUUGUGUUACUAUUACACUAAAAAAGACGUGGAAAACGAAACAGAACAUAUUUUAUUGUGCUGUUUUAAGGAUAUGAAGAUUACAAAAUGGGUUGCAAAAAAUUCUAGAACAAUAAGUCGAGCACUGCAAAGUUGUAGCAACUAUGAGUUCAUCGACACCGAAGGUCUUUUAUUCAUUGUCCUAGAUCACUUAAAAAAUCCAGAUGAGAUCUCGAAAGCUUUGGAUAAAGAAAAUAUUUCCCGAUAUUCAAUUUCGCAUCGAUGCAGAACGUCAAUUUUCCCGCCUGCUGGUACAUAUGUUCAUUCAGAUUGGCACUGUUACUUAGACAAUAGCUUUUCUAAUUUUGAAGUGGGAGAAUAUGUUGCUUUGCUUUUGAAUGAAGAGACCGUUGAGAAUGACAUAUUUAUACCCGCUUUAUAUAUUUAUGCUAUUAUUAUUCAAAAAAUUGAAGAAGCUUCUCCAUCGUCCCUGCUCGACAGUACACUCUGUAUGUAUGAGGUAGACGUGGGUGAAAGAAAAGAGAGAAAAAGAGCAUAUGAUCUUUACAAGUUCAACCGUUCCACUCAAGAGAGCUCUACAGAAUUAGCACCGUUCUUGAAUAUAGCAGAAUCACCAAAAGAUGAUAGGAAUCUAGAUGACAUUUUAAAGGAGGUAAAAGAAAUAUUAAAGGCUGCAUGGACACUUCCUGAGGACGAGAGAAGAAAGGUGGUAAGACGUUUGUAUAAGAAAUGGCAUCCUGAUAAAAAUAUUGGUAAUGAAGAUUUUGCAACGAAAGUAUGUCAAUUCUUACAGCAAAUUGUGUUUAAAUUGGAAAGUGGACAAGACAUUGAUUCUGACAGUUCUAGCACCUUUGAACCAUCAACAGGUUCACAUUUCUACUCGCACUUUAAAACUUGGGACCGAGAUGCCAGACACGAUUCAAACAGAAAUAACCGACGACGUGGCAGACGUGGUGGCCGUUCCGGACAUUCAAGACGACAACCAUCAGAACCUGUACCAUCCUAUCAUGAAUCAAGACAAUGGAUAAGUCAGGCAAAAGUUCACCUAACUGGUGCCAUAGAAUUCUUGCCUUAUGCUGAUAUUGGACCAAACUUCAAUUCAAUAUGUAUGAUAUGUUACCAAUCCGUUGAAAUUGCACUAAAGGCCGUGCAUUACCGGACAGAUGCUAACAAUAUACCUGAAACAAAGAACAUCAGUGACCUUGUAGCGAAGCUUGAUGGAGAUCUAAAAACACUAGUUGAAAAACUGGUAACACUGGUCGGUAAACCUGAAAGGAUUAUUUAUCCAGACAAGCUGAAUAUACCUAAAAUUCCUUCUCAGAUGUACAGUAAAGAUACUGCUACAAGAGCUGUAGAAGUUACCAAGACUAUUUUGGACUUCAUAUCAGACAGAACUUUAAGUUAAUUCACAGAUAAAAGGAUACAAGACUGAUAAUUACCCGGCUAGUGUUUGACGACUUUGACAAAUUGGGUUUACAUUAUAUUUUCAGUGAAUAUUGAACAUAACGUUAUCACUAGUUUACAGUGUACGAGAAUGUCUGUAAAUGUACAUAUCGAAUAAGGAUUUUUUUAAACAGUAACCUUUAUUUUAUGCAAUUAUGAUUGACUGCUUUUUACCACUUCCAUUUUUAUUUAUUUAAAUCUGUUAUUUUUUCGUGGUGUUUAUUCAAAUCAUUUUCCUUCGAUUAUGCUGCAAUGAGCAGUGUCUACAUAUUUGAUUUUGAAAUAACAUGUUUGUUCUACAUAUUUUGUUUUCACACUAUAGAUAAUAUUUUUUUUUUUGCUUUUUUAAUAGAACAUAACAGUGGUAAAUCUUGAACAAUUUAAUUUUGAAUAAUACAAAUAUAUAUAUAAAAUAUAAAUGAAAAGUACAAGGGGACAACACAUCAUCUUGCAAAGAAAUUGCAAAUUGUACAGUUUGUAAAUUAUUUAAAUGAUUAUUUUGUUUUACUACGUAUGAUUUAUGAUACUUGAUUCGUUUUAUAAUAUUAUAGGUUUUGUUUCUCCUACACUAUUAAUGAAUAUAUUUUAACCAUAUCUGAUUUAAUAUGUGAUCCAGUGUUUGAUGUGUCAAUUUUGUUAUAUGAAUUAUUUAUGUAAAAUCCAUACAAAUGGGCAAAAUUUAUGUUUUAUCUUUCACAUUUCAUAAGAUCCUAUUUUCUUUCCUGCAUUUUGUAUGCAAAGAAUAUUAAUUAUUUAUUCCAAACCAAUAUGAACUUGAUAAAUCGUUUAGGCAUACUGCACGAAAAUGUAUCAAUUUAAUAAUCUGAUACAUGGAAAUGCUCAAAUCAACAUUAAUUAGUGUUCAAUUUGAGAUAAGUAGUCUCAACAGAAAAAAAACCGCGCAAGUUUAAAGAGAUGACUACAAAUUCCAAACAAUUGUUUUGAUUGCGUCUUUUUGGAAUAUGAAUAAAUUAUGAAACUUAUAAAAGCACGUUUGUGAUAUCGGAAUAGUUGAUUACUGUAAACCAACUUAUUUUCGCGAGCGAUUUAAUUUCGCGACUUUCGCGAAUAGAUAAAUAACGCGAAUAUAAAUCGUCGCAAAAAUUGAUUUUCUUAUCUUACACAUAAAGUAAAAUAGAAAAUCGCGAAAUAAAUCGCCGCGAAGUGGGCUAGAAAGGGCUAUACGCGAAAUAAAGUAUCCGCGAAAAUAAGUUGGUUUACAGUAUUCAUGUUUUUAACUCAUUUUUAGUAUUUCCUUGUUACACAUAGUUAACACUAAAUACUUUCAAAUAAUUCCCAUAGUUUAAUUUGAAAUACAUGUAUUUAAAUUUUGUAUUAGUAUUUUUGUUGUCUUUUGAAAUGAAUCAAAAUUAUCAUUAUUAUAUUAUGAUGGAGGUUUGAACUUAUUAGAAUUUUUGAACUACCUAUUGUAAUUUAAACUCUUAUAAAAGCAUAUUUAAAUAGAGCAACUAGUAAUUAUUUGUGAUUAAGAUAUGAGAAAGUUAUUGAGUUAUUUUAGAAGUAAUGAUAUAGGUGAUAAUUUUUGUUUUACAUUGAAUGAUGCUACACCAUACUGGUAGUAUAUUUAAAGUGAAUUGGUUUCUCUGUAGAGUUUUUUUUUAUGUUGUUUUUAAAAAAAAAAAAAAUGAGAUUUCGUUUCUCUUUUCAAUUUUUUUUUUGUUAACUGUUUUUGGUAUUAUGUUGUUUCUUAAAAGACAUAUUUAAGAGAUUUCAUUUUUCUUUCAAUUUUUGUGUUUUUUACUGGUAUUUGUGUUUUUUCUCUCUCGUAGCCUUGUCAUUCUUUGUGAUUUUGAUUUUUUUUAAUAAAUGAGAUCUAUACAUAAACAAGGGAAAGGGGAUAGUUUGGUACUUCUGUAUAAGUAUUCAGUGAAAUAACCAAAACAAAAAUCCGUAUUUAAAAGAAAUUAUUACAUAAAGUAUUUAAUUGACAUAGACAAAGCAGCAACAUCAAUCAAGCAUACUUAUUCAUUAUAUAUGAAUUAUUUUUUUUUAACAGAAACCGAUGACUUUCACUGUGUUUACUUGAGACUGAAAGGAAGUGUAGUCUUUUCCUUUUUUUUUUCUUUGUUUGUUGUUUAUAUUUUUCACAUUCUUUUAUGUAACUUUUUAUUUAUAUUUUGUUAAUGCUCGAGUGUGUCUAACAAAUAAAAUCAUCCAUGUUAGAUUCCAUUGUCAAAAGUAUGCCCAUUUUCAUUUGCUUUUCUUGACAAUGUUUAUUACGACUUUAAGAUGUUAUUAACUUGGAGUUAUAUGUUUAAGUCCACUACUGCGGUAAAUAUCUAUAUUAAGUUUAUUGUUUGAAGAGUGUUUUCAUUGUUUGUUUUAGCAAUUUGAUAGUUAAUUACAAUAUUUGAAAUGAUUUUCUACUUAUUUGUGUGUCUCUGACGAAAAUAGAAUGUUUUUAUUCAUUAUUUACUGGAAUAAAUUUGAUUAAUUGAA